AUGCACUUUUUAAACAUACUUAAAAAUGAUAGGAUAAAUGACGAUACAGUGAGUAAAUCAAGCUCAAAUUUACAUGAUGGGAAUAUUACAUCGAUGAAUAUGAAAGAUGGUAUAAAAAUAAAUGUUGAUAAAACAAAUAAGAGUGAAGAUGAAAAUUAUGUUGAUUCAUUAUCUAUGAAGGACAGUCAUAAGGAGAACGUAGAUUAUCAUUCGGUUAGUUUAAUUGAACGAGGUAAUUUUGUUGAAAGUGAAGCUAAUUUAAAAUUGGAGCCUUUGGAAAAUUGGUCCUCUUUUAAAUGUAGGGAGAACAUAGAAGAGGGAAGUGGAAACAGUGUUAGCGGUAAUUAUGGGGGUGAGAACUGUAGCAGUGGUAACUGUGCUAGGGGAAGUAGGGAGAACAAGUUAUCGGGGGAACAAAGUCAAGGGAUCCUUAACAGUGGUAACAUGAGGAGAUAUAACACGGAAAAUUGUGUUAGUAAUAAUAGAAUGGAUUUAUUGCAGAAUAGUAGGACUCCUAAUAAUAUGCAAAGUUACAAUUACGUAAGUAGUGAGGUACCAUAUAAAGGGGUAAAGCAUUACGAAAGGAGGAUAUACUUUAGAAGUAAUAGCAGCAGCAUAGUAGGAAACAUCAACAGGGAUAGGAAUAGGAACGAUAAUAGUAAUGAUAGUAAUUAUGACAUUUAUGCCAAUUAUAGUAAUAAUAAUAGUAAUAAUUAUUCCAGUUGUGCUAACUAUACGAAAUGUGCAGAUUAUGCCAAAUAUACCAAUUAUGAUAAUGAUUUCGUUUUUCCAGAAAAAAAGGAAACCAACCUAAUAACGCAUAGUAAUAAUAGUUCAUUUGGUAAAGUUUUGAUAAAUCCGAAUUGCAAUAUUGAGGAAGAAGGGCGCAUUCAUACGAACGGUGUGAAUGCACAUAACACAAGUAAUGCAUUACAUGAAAAUAAAGAAAAUUUUAACACGGAUGAAGGAUGCACAGUAGGAAAUAGAACAAACAAUUCAUAUCCUUAUCAACACUACAGGAAUGAUAAAUAUUUAAUUAUAAAUAAUAAAGACGAAACUAUUGGGCACUGUGGUUAUAGUAAAAAAGAAGAGAUACCGAAUGGGAAGAAAAGUUUUACGGAUGAAGUGUAUAAAAAUACAAACAGUAGAAAUAUUAAAUUAGUAGACUCUUUUAAAAAUAGUAAUGCAUUAACAUGUUCAGAAUAUUCUUACGAUAAGAAAGGUAUUAAUAAUGUUGUGAAGGGUGUGGAAAAUACAAAUGAAAACCAUGAUUAUACGUUUAACUCAACACAGUAUAAUAAAGACCAAGAGGGAAAUAAUGAGAAUGGUACAUUAAAUAAUAAUUUAAAUAAUUUAAUUCAAAAUUGUGAACAACAAAGUGGUAUGAAUUACACCGAUUUAGUACAUAAAAAAAAAAAGGAUGACAAUAUAAGUGCGCAGAAUGUACCAUUUAGAAACAGUGAGAAUGUAAGAAACAACGAAAAUGUUAUGAGUGCAUAUAGCAAUGUAGAUGAUAUAAAUAUGACCCAGGCUAAGUAUUUAAAAGGAUGGAACAAUAACGUGGUGAGUACAAAUUAUGAAUUGUUACAACACGUAAAGAAAAAUGAUUACAACAAUGCUACUUAUAGCGCGGAUAAUAAAUUUAAUGUUUAUGAGAACUGUGUUAAUAGUGCUAACGAGGUAGCUGAAAAUAACCUUCUACUUAACCAAAUGAGCAAUAAAGGUAAUUGUUCAGAAUUUUUACGCAAGAAAUAUUUGGACGAAGGAAAAGGUUUAUACUAUAAUUUUAUUAACAGUUCAGGUAAAAUGUGCAAAACAGGUAGAGACUGCCCAGCUGGUGAGGAAAAAGAAGCAGAUUCGGGCGAUUAUGAAAAGCAGGGUAGAGAGGAGUAUAGCAGUAAAGCUGAUAACGUAGAGAAGGACAAAAUGGAUGGAAGCAUGAGUGGAGGAAAAAUGAAUGGAGGAAGCAUGAAUGGAGGAAGCAUGCAUGGAGGAAGCAUGCAUGGAGGAAGCAUGAAUGGAACUAUGAACGGAACUUUGGGAGGAACUGUGAACGGAUGUAUGAACGGAAGUAUGAAUGCCACGAUGAAAAAGGAAAAACAAGAAAAGGAGGAAGAAAAAGAGGAAAAGGAAGAGGAAGACGAAUCGGAAGAGGGGAAAAGUUAUCAGUACUAUUACGAAAAAACGUUGGACUUUCUUAAUGAAGAAUUUAACACGAGCAACAUUAACAAGAUUAACGACGCUAAUUCUAUGAAUGAUAGAGAAAUGUUCGAGAAAACACCCUUUUUUAAACUAGUUAAUUUUGAAAAAAAGUUAGCCAUGGAACGAAAUAGAGUUUUGAAUUGUUAUAAUGAAGAUAAAAAACAAAUUUAUUUAAAUAACAUAAAUAAAGAUAAACAGUUUUCUCAUAUAUUUGUUAAUAAUGAAAAGUACUAUGAUGCAAAAGAAAUUUUAGCAUACUUGCUUCCAUAUCACACUUUUUAUUUAGAUGGUAUUUGUAUAGAUUCAUCAGAGGAAGGUUUUGAUUUCUUAAAAAAUGUACAGAAUGACGUUAUGGAUAUUGAAGCGUGUAUUUGCCAAAUCAAGGAAUCUUUCACCACAUGCACAAAUCCAGCAAUGGUUUGGAGUUUCAAUAAAAUCAUCGACAGAACAAACGAUCAGCAUAAUAAAAGAAAAAAAAGAAAAAAUAUAACAGAUUAA